AUGGCCACGCCCCUUUUCGUCCCGCCCCUUGCCAUUACUGCAUUUUCUAUCACUGUACCUCUUAUCACUGCACCUCUUAUCACUGUACCUCUUAUCGCUGUACCUCUUAUCACUGCACCUCUUAUCACUGUACCUCUUAUCACCGUACCUCUUAUCACUGCACCUCUUAUCACUGUACCUCUUAUCACUGCACCUCUUAUCACUGUACCUCUUAUCACUGCACCUCUUAUCACUGUACCUCUUAUCACUGUACCUCUUAUCACUGUACCUCUUAUCACCGUACCUCUUGGUACCGUACCUUUGUAA